AUGGUAGUCGAACCGCAACGGAGCUUCCGGCUACAUGUGUCCAGAGUCUUCCGAGUGCGGUCGCUUGCUGACUUUAUGCGCGAUGGGGGUGUUUGGCCGUCGCGGCAAGACUUUGUGCAACGUCACAUCGACUUCACACUUGGUUCAGUGCUGCCUGGACGACAGGCACAAUGGCUGCGCAUGCUAUACGUGGAGGCAACCCAGAUCGUUGCGAGACUUGGAGCGAAGCAUAUGGUUGUACAGCCAGAGAGCAGUCGACGCCACCCACUUCCAUAUCUCGGUUCCAGCAGUGGCGAUAAGCCGCCGACAAAGCAGCAUCCGAUGACGAUCCACUCCCAGCGUUUUGAUAUGGGGAUAAUCCGGACUUACGUGAAGUACAGCAAGCACCUGCAGAAGAUCUUGCUCCCCGUGUUUGCAGAUCUUCAUUUUCGCCUAGCAUUCCGUCUUCUACCAGUCCGCUCGCGCUUCUGGUUCCUGGAGGCGGCCAACCCAAGCAUUGGUAUUUGCGUUCGUGUUGGGUGCGGCGCAAUCGAGACCGAGCAGCAUUUGGUUUUCGAUUGCACACUCGCAGUCCAGCUCUGGGAGCACGCUCACCGACUGAUGUCGCCUUUCUUCCGGCUACGCGCGACAUGGUAA